ACCUUUUCUUCCCAUUCUCUCCCUCAAUUGAAUCAAUGCACUGACCCUCCCUCUCUCGGCCUCUCAGUCGCACCCCUCCGCGCCGUCGCCUGUUUGAUCGGAAGCCACACCGGAGUUUCACGGCCGCAGACUUCAUCUCCAUUUCGGGUCUCUCUAUUUGCAUCAAUCUUUCGCACAAGAGAUUUUUCCCCAUUCACCAAGAUGGCUGGAGUUUUAGGAUUUGCAAGCCUUCCACCCAAGGCAAAGAAUUUCGUAGUUGCCGGGGGUUUGACAGCAUUUGUCUUCGGGACCUACUUCUACACCAUGAGAGCUGUUGGAGGUACUGAUGAGCUGCAAGUAGCAAUUGACAAGUUUGAAGCUGACAAGAGCAAGCAAGAGGGUGAACCAAGCGUGCCAUCAAAGGUCUAGAGAUGUUUUCUUGUGGAACAAAAACAAUACUUUGUGUGUAUUCACUAUUUUGCUUUUCAGCAUCAGAAGAAAAAUGUAUUUUCAAUCUAGUGCAUAAUAAGUUCAGCCAGUUUUGUGUACAAAAACUGUGUGGUAGGGAAAUUACAAUUGAGGUUCUUUUUUAGCCUUGCUGAGAUAUUUUGUUGGCAACACCAAUCUUGGAUCAUUAUACAUGUAAGUGAAUCAAAGACAAAAUGUCAUUUCAAACUUAAAAUGAAGUACUUUUAAAUUUGUAAGCA